CCCGCGCGCCGCCGUUACCGCCCGGGAAGGAGGAGGCGGCGCCGCCAUCAUGAGCUACGGUUAUGGGGACUGGAAUUCGGGCACGAGCAGAGGUUACGAGGGCUACAACUACGGCUACGGCUACGGGCAGGACAGCUCGGGAGCAGGGUAUGGAUACGGAGUGGCCGCCGGCAAUUCCUGGGAAAUGGGCAGCUCGGACGCCGAGCCGGCCCCCGAGGGCGGCGACGGGCCCGGCAAGAUGGGCCACCAGCGGCUGGACGGGGGAUCCCACCCCGAGCCCGAGGGCGCACCGGGCGGGCGCUUCGGAGCCGCGGGGGACAGGUACGACCCGUACGAGUCGUACGACUCGAGGUCCUCGGUGAACGACCGCGACUUGUACCGGCCUGGCUACGACUACAACGACUACAACGACUACAAUGAUUACAACGAUUACAAUGAUUAUAAUGAUUAUAACGAUUACAAUGAUUAUAACGAUUACAACGAUUACAAUGACUACAACGAUUACAACGACUACAACGACUACCCCGACUACCCCGAGUCAGAGCAGGACAACGACGCGUCCUACGAGGGUCCCUACGACGCCUUCUACGGCCCCCGGCGGGAGCAGUUCCAGGGCCGGGCCCGGGACGGCUUCGGGCAGCGGGGCCAGGGCUGGGGCCGGGACGGGCGGCCCCCCAGACCCUCGGGAGCCUCCCCCUACCCCGGGAGGGGCUCCUGGCCCGAGCCCCGCGGGCCCCCCGGCUCCAAACGCCUCCCGUCCCUCUUCUCCCACAACAUCCUGCCCGAGCCCGGCGGCUUCCCCGGCCACAGGGGCUUCCCCGGAGGGCGCUGCCCGGGAGGGAUGGCCCGGCAGAGGGUCCGGAGGAACUGGAAGAUGUGGGACUGGGAUUUCAAGCUGCAGAGGAGGAGGCUGCGCCGGGAGGCUCCGGGCAGGAAGCGGAAGCAGCCGAGCGGUUCGGACGAGCCCGACAGCAAAGCGGCCAAGACGGACGGGUCCGACAACUCCGACUCGGACAACGAGGAGGGGACGGAAGGAGAGUCGGGGGACAAGGAGGAGAAGGAGGGAUCCAGAGGGGAAGGGGAAGAUGAAGAAGGAAGAGACUCAGAGAAAGGAGGUCUGAGCAUCCAGGAGGAAAUCAGCCAGAUCAAACAGAAACUCCAGGCGGGGAAAAAAACCCAGGACCGGCAAAAGAAGCGGCACCGGGAUCGGAUGGUGGAGAGGAUCCAGUUCGUGUGCUCCCUGUGCAAGUACCGGACGUUCUACGAUGAUGAGAUGUCCUCCCACCUGGAGAGCAGAUUCCACAGGGAGCACUUCAAGUUCGUGGGAACCAAACUGCCCCAGCAGACGGCGGAGUUCCUGCAGGAAUACGUGGCCAACAAAACCAGGAAAACGGAGGAGCGUCGGAAGGGGAUCAAGGACAUCAACGCGGUGAUCCAGCAGAUCUACAGGGACCAGGAUCUCACCCAGGAGGUGGGCAUGGAGCACUUCCUGAAGAAGGUGGAGGCCGCUCACUGCGCCGCCUGUGACCUGUUCAUCCCCAUGCAGUUUGGGAGCAUCCAGAAGCACCUCAAAUCCCUGGAUCACAACCACAACCGCAGGGCCAUGAUGGAGCAAUCCAAGAAAUCCUCUCUGGUGGUGGCCCGGAGCAUCCUCAACAACAAACUCAUCAGCAAGAAGCUGGAGCGGUACCUGAAGGGUGAGAAUCCCUUCACGGAUGAUCCGGAGGAAAAGGAGGAGCACGAGGAAGGGGAAGGGGGAGCCGGCGGGAACGCGGAGGAGGGAGCGGCGGAAGGAGCGGAGGAGAACAAGGACGAGGAGGGAAACCCCGAGGAGGAGGAGGAGGAGGAGAACCCGGAGGGGGAAAACCCCGAGGAGGAGAACAAGGAUCCCGAGGAGAAUCCCAAAAAAGAAGGGGAGGGAGAGGAAACGGGGCCAGAGACAGAGCGGGAGCCCCGGGCACAGACAGAGCCGGACAACGUGGAGCUGAACUCCCCGGAUCCGGAGGAGCCCAUCCCUGGGGAAGAGCAGCAGGAGCAGGAGGAGGAGCAGGAGGAGCAGGAGGAGGGAAUCCAGGAAGCCCCUGCGGCCCCAGAGGACGAGGCCGUGGAAUGACCCCGCGGGGGAAGGACCCGACGUGCGUGUUGGAUGCUCCGGAACCCGCCGUGUCCGUGGAUGUUUCCCCUUCUCGUCCCGCCCGACCCGCGGGGCCGGGGGAGCCUUUUUUCCCUGGAAAGUGAUAUUAAUUAUUAUUAUUAAUUAUUAUUUUGGGGGUUUUUUUUGGGGGGGAACUAGAGGAUUUUUUUGUACCGAAUCUCCACGUUUAGUCGCUAGUUUCGUGCGGUCUCUGUUCGUAGGUGGCUUUGUAGGAGAUUUUUCCUUUGGAGCAUGUGUGGAAGCCGGAGCCGCUCCGGAGCCUCCUCCCCUGGUGAUGGCUUCGUGUCCGUGUCCAGCAGAGCUGUCCCCUCGGCCUGGCCGGCUGGGAACAUCCACGUUUCCCUUCCAGGGGGGUUUUCCGUGGCUUCCUGUGCCUGUGGACGGCCCCGUUCCCGAUGUUUUCCCGGCCCUCCUCCCGCGGAGCGAAGCGUUCGGUGGUUGUUGACGUCGUGUUGUUUGUAAAACGGUUCCGUUUCCCCAGGUCGAUGUGUCGGUGGGUGGAGAUAAAAAAAGGACUUAUCCCGAGUUUA